ACACCACACCACCAAUCAACGAAACAUCACGUCUCUUCACACCCGCGGCCUUGAUGACCACCCCUCGACCAGCCGGCGGCCCGCCACCGCAAGUGCUACAAUGGUUGCACCGUGUUAUCGCUCCCGAGUAUCAAGAUCCGCAGCGAACCUACAGCGACGUCGCAAACACGCUCGCGAACCUCCCCACGCUCGCGCCACGGACGAGUGUUUACACACAUGAAAACGGAAAGCCGGAGCUGCUCGUCCAUCUCUUCGGCACACUACCGGUGCUCUUCCGUGGCGCGACAUAUAACAUCCCGAUUUCGAUAUGGGUCCCGCACUCGUACCCGAAGCAGCCACCGAUACCUUUUGUCACGCCCGCGAAGGACAUGCUCAUCCGCCCCGGCAAUCACGUUGAUCUGGCGGGGAAAUGCUAUCACCCGUAUCUGGCAAAUUGGGUUCACUACUCGGAUAGAUCGAACAUUGUCGACCUGUGUGAUGUCCUACGGGGUGUGUUUGGGCGGGAGCCACCGGUUAUGGCUAAGCAGCCGGAGCAACAACCUGCUGCUCCGAAGGAACCUCCGCCGUUACCACCAUUGCCGUCUGAACUGGCCACGAAGAGCUCCCCGCCCCAAACCCGACAGUCCCUGCCGGUUCCGCCCCCUGUGCCGCCGCUACCGAAGGAAUUGGCUGCACAUGAGGAUGCACGAAGAUACUCUGUUCAAUCUAUGCCGCCGCCGGUUCCCCACCAACAGCCUCCGCCUCCGCCGCCGCCCCCGAAGCCCCCCGUCGCCGGUAGAGCUGGCACACCUUCCCAGCAGUAUGCUACACCACCGAUGGAAUACAGAGGUGUACCACCCCCGGGAUCCCCACAAGUGCAAGGCCGGCCUAUGCACCACCCCCAACAGCCUCUUCCCCCUCCGCCGCCGCAGCCGCAGCAUGGCUCUCCACCUCCGCCGCCAAAACCGCAAAUGUUUUCCUCAGCACGGCCCCCCUCAUACCAAGGAUACCCACCCCAGUAUCCACAACCACAACCACCUACCCCGAAACCCGCUCCGCCAAACGAUCUCCUCGACUCACCCUCCCCGGCAUUAACACCCCUUCCCUUACACCCACCGCCACCACCUCCCAACCCCGAAAAAUCGCACCUGCUAGCGCGCAUCGGCGCCGCCCUCCACACCCUUGCCGAAACCUCGCACUCCCAAACCUCCUCGGCACUCUCCGGCGCCUCAGCGCAGCGCACGGCGCUACAGGCGGCACUCCUCCAGCUCGAGCGCGAAGCCCAUGAGCUCCGCCACAUCAACGGCGUCUGCAACAGCGACGCGGAAAUCCUGCGUGAGAGAAUAGCCAUGGCCGAAGCGGUGAUCCAGGAUUGUCGGACGCGCGAGCUGCCAGACGUGGAUGCAAUGGUUGUGGCCGGAAGCGUGGUCGAGACCCAACUGUACGAGCUCGUCGCGGAGGAAAUGGCAAUCGAAGAUACUAUCUAUGUACUCAGCAAGGCGCUGGACCGGGAGAGGAUCACGCUCGAGGUGUUUUUGAAGCAUGCUCGCACGUUGGCUAGAGAACAGUUCAUGAAGAAGGCGUUGAUUCAGAAGAUUUCGGAGGAGUUGGGGAUUGAUUCGCUGUUUGACCAUACUCGUGUGCAGCCUAUGUAAGACUAUUACGGCGUGCUUUUUUCUCCGGUUUUGGUUUUCCGUCGACAGUCAGCCCAAUUCGUUGGCUCGGGAUGAUAACCGUGUCUCCUACUCCUACUCUUGGUAAAGUUGGAGAUUGGGUGAAGGCGGAGGUAGACAGGGCGGGAAAUGUCAGUGAUGCGCUGUGAACAGGCGUCGUUUUGUGUGCCGUGAACAGGCGUCGUUUUGUGUGCCGUGAA